AUGCCUUCGCAAAUCCAGGACGAAGAGAUGCAGGACGCCCCCGUCAACGGCCACACCGAGGGAAACGACAUCCAGGCCGACGCCGACGAGUUUGGCUGGGACAGCGAGAAGCAGCGCAUCCGCGUUCUGCCCGGCUCGGAAAACACGGCCGCCUCUUUCGAGUUUGAGAACGAAGACCACACGCUCGGCAACGCGCUGCGCUACGUGAUCAUGAAGAACCCGGCCGUUGAGUUCUGCGGUUACUCUAUCCCCCACCCUUCGGAAGCUAGGAUGAACCUCCGCAUCCAGACAUACGAUGAUGUCAGCGUCUAUGAUGUGUUGGAAAAGGGCUUGGAAGACCUCGCCGAUCUGUGUGACGUUGUGAUCGACAAGUUCACGGUUGCGCGCGAUGACUUCAACGCCCAGUCGGCAUAGAGGGGCUGUUUGGGCUCAAAAAGAAGGGAAUUGGCAUUAGCAGGCGUUCAUGGAGCAUUAGGUCAAGUGCAUGUUGCUACGGCGCUGCAAGGAAAAGAGAAAACUUUGGUAUUGCAUAUGUACAGGGCGUCGGAAAAAGCAGGCUUAGUUGCGACCCUGUUAUAGAAAUCUGCGUUAGCAUCCU